GAGAGCAUCCGUCGUCCGGCUGCGCAGGGCCGACAGCACUCUGGCGUCGUGAGAAGUUACCUGUUCGCUCUACUUCGGACCCCUCGACAUUUCGUAAACAACAACAACAACAACAGUCAUCAUGGCGGAGGCCCACCAGGCGGUGGCCUUCCAGUUCACGGUCACCCCAGAUGGAAUUGAUCUUCACAUGUCGCACCAGGCCCUCGCGGAGAUCUACCUCUCUGGCGUGCGCUCCUGGAAGAAGCGUAUCAUCGGACUCAAGAACAGCGUGAUAACCGGGGUGUAUCCUGUCAGUCCUUCCUCCUGGCUUUUUGUGGUCACAGCAAUCCUGGCCACGAUGUACACCCGCUCCGACCCCUCCAUGGGACUCAUCGCCAAGAUACAGGAGCACCUGCCGGUCAGCCAGUCGAUGAGUAACCAGUGCCAGACGUUGGUGUCAGCAGUGCUCUUCAGCACCAUGCUGUGGCUCUUGCUCAUCUUCACCAUGCGCAUGUGCCUCAAGCAGCUUCUCUCCUACCACCGCUGGAUGUUCGAGAAGCACGGCAAGAUGUCCAACACCACCAAAGUCUGGGUGGCGCUGGUGCGGAUCUUCUCUGGCAGAAAGCCGCUGCUCUACAGCUACCAGGGCUCGCUGCCCAACCUGCCGGUGCCCGCCAUCACGGACACGGUCCAGAGGCACUUGGAAUCGGUGCGUCCGCUCAUGAACGAUACGGAGUACGAACGCAUGACCCAGCUGUCGUUGGAGUUUGAGGGCGGCCUCGGUAAACGCCUGCACUGGUACCUCAAACUCAAAGCUCUCUGGGCCACCAACUACGUCAGUGACUGGUGGGAGGAAUAUGUCUAUCUACGUGGACGGGGCCCAAUAAUGGUCAACAGUAACUAUUAUGGCAUGGACUUCAUGUACGUGACGCCCACACCCAUCCAGGCGGCCAGGGCGGGCAACAGCCUCCACGCGUACUUCCUCUACCGCCGCAAACUCAACAAAGAAGAGCUCAAACCUACCCGUAUACCCGGCACUCUCAUUCCUCUGUGUUCAGCUCAGUGUGAGAGGAUAUUCAACACCACACGCAUUCCUGGAGAGGAGACCGACACCGUGCAGCAUUGGCAGGACAGUGACUACAUCGCGGUGUACCACAGCGGCCGAUACUUCCGCCUCCGGAUGUACCAUGCAGGCAGACUCCUGUCACCCAAGGAGAUUGAAUUCCAGAUUCAGAAGAUCCUCGAUGACCCGUCACCUCCUUCCAAAGGAGAGGCCAAACUGGGGGCCCUGACCGCUGGAGACAGGGUUCCGUGGGCGAAAGCCAGGACGAAGUACUUCAGCAGCGGGGUCAAUAAGCAGUCUCUGGACUACAUUGAGAAAGCGGCCUUCUUCGUGUGCCUGGACGAUGACGAGCAGGGCGGCGUGGCGGACGACCCGACGAGAUUAGAUUCAUACGCCAAGUCCUUGUUGCACGGGAAAUGUUUCGACAGGUGGUUUGACAAGUCCUUCACAGUCGUUUACUUCAAGAAUGGAAAAAUGGGCUUAAAUGGAGAGCACUCGUGGGCUGACGCACCCGUGUUAUCACACGCGUGGCAGUACGUCUUGUCCACUGACUGUUUCCAGCUCGGUUACAAUGCAGAGGGUCACUGCAAAGGAGAAGUGGAUUCGUCACUACCACGACCACAGAAGCUGAACUGGGAAAUCCCUCCAGAGUGUGAGGAGCAGAUCUCCGGCUCUCUGGCAGCGGCUCAGGCUCUGGCUGACGAUCUGGAUAUCCACGUCUUCGCCUUUGAAGAAUUUGGCAAAGGAAAGAUCAAAAGGUGUCGAGUCAGUCCAGAUGCCUUCAUUCAGUUGGCCCUUCAGUUGGCAUACUACAGGGACCAGGGGAGAUUCUGUUUGACGUACGAAGCCUCCAUGACCCGCCUGUUCAAGGAGGGCCGGACCGAGACCGUCCGCUCCUGCACCAAUGAGAGCAGCGCCUUCGUCCGAGCGCUGGAAGCUGGCGAGGCAGCAGACGUGUGCAGGCGUUUGUUCCAGGAAGCGUCGGAAAAGCACCAGCAUCUAAACCACAUGGCGAUGACCGGGGCCGGCAUCGACAGGCACCUCUUCUGUCUCUACGUGGUCUCUAAAUACCUCAGGGUGGAGUCGCCGUUCUUGAAACAGGUGCUGUCUGAGCCCUGGCGGCUGUCCACUAGUCAGACUCCGGUGCAAGCGGAGUUCUUUGACAUCGUCAACUACCCAGAGUACGUCUCCUGUGGAGGGGGCUUUGGACCGGUGGCGGAUGACGGCUAUGGGGUGUCCUACUGCGCCAUGGGAGAACGCUUGUUCAACUUCCACGUCACAUGCAAGCACUCAUGUCCAGACACUGGUGCCCAUACAUUUGGCGUUCAGAUUAGAAAGGCUCUGCGUGACCUGCUGCAGCUGCUGUGCCCCAACCAGACCGAGCUCACGAAGAGGGAGGGGAAGCGGCCGGAGUCCAAGAAGGACCUGUAGGCGGUGACUCGGGGUAAAGGAUGCUGAAAUAAUGAGAUGUUACACUAGGAACUGAGGAAAGACUGUUUUUUUCAUGCAUUGGGAGAUUUUUUUAGCCAGACAGAUAAUAUUCAAGGAACAGCUCCAUCGGAAAAACAAUGAAAUGGAGCUGAUGUUUUUACUGUGUGUGUGUGUGUGUGUGUGUGUGUACAAUAGGUGUGUGAGAAGGAAAAAGGUCAAGUGGGAUUCAAGUACAGUAGGAUUUAUUAGUUGAGUUUUAAAAGACACACAUAUGGAAACAUUAAAAUUAUCAUGAAACAUUAUAGAUUAUUAUUACAAGGCCAGUACGUAUCUCACCACUUAUUAGGAGAUACAUUCCCUCAUAUGUCACCUUAUGACAGGGAUUAUUUGAUAUAAAUUCAAGUGCGGUACGUUUUGACGACAUUAAAUGUGCCACGCUGGUUUUCUGUUGGAGAGUUUAUUUGUAAGUGUGCCCCUAACCCUACAAAAACCACAUGAUUGUAAUCCUGAGCUGAGAGCGCCAGGCUGUUUAUACAUGUGGUGACUCUUUAAACUCAUAGGUUGGCAUUACAGUGUUAGACUCGUAUUAUAUUCAGUGCCAGCUCACCCAGGAAAAAACUUUAGGUUGUCAAACAUCUAAAAAUCUAGAUGCAAAUAAUGUGGGUCAAUUGUACUUACAGUAGUCAGGAGGCAUUUCCAACGUAUUAAGUUAUGAACAAUCCUGUAAUGAUCUCCAGAUAUGUCACUGCCAUCUAUGAAUCUAAACAAGCACCUGAACGCUAUAUUUAUGAACACCAUAUGCAGGUGUGUGUUUCGUCAUGAGCUGCAGGUCAGAUGUCACAUGUGGAGGGAAGCUUUCCGAGUCAAAGACAGUUGUGUUCCAGUGACACAGAUUCCUCAGUUACUCUUCAUCCGUUUUUGCCUCUUGUUUCCCGUUGAGCUCGUUUCUCAGGAUGACGAUGGUCGGCCUUUUGUAAUGCAAGAUGACUGCAGAACAUAAAGGGAUUCUUAAUGAAUGAAGAUCAA